AUGAAAACACAAAAUUUUAUCAGCGCUACUGCAGAAAAUAAAAAAGUUGAGGUAUCACCGACACAUGUUGAUCAAAGCAUAUCUGACGAAAAAUGCAGAGAUCUUUCAUCCGAUGUACACAUAGUUGGCAAUCUAGAAAAUAUUGCGAUUUAUCAUGAUCAUAGUAACCCAACAAUUUUAUCUGAAUUUCAAAAGCUAAACGUGAAUCAAUUGCGAUGCGAAGUAGUUAGUGAAGCGAUGAAAAUGCCUGUUACCACAGACGGAAACGACACUGAAAAUGUUCUUGUGUAUUACACAGCUGACAAAAAUGAUGCUGCUCAGUUUUCUUCUCAUGAUGUAUAUAAAGAUUCGCAAAUUAGAUUCGCACCUCCUGAGUACAUAGAAUCAUCUUCUCUGCCCCCCACUCAUGAAGCCGAUAAAACUCUGGGUGUAAAAAUACCUACUGAUUACACUGCUGAUAAAAUGGAGGCAGAAUUCGCGUUCUGUGAUUAUACUGAAAAUCAUGAGAAAUUAUUGUCACCAACCGAACAGAAAGUGGAUAUUAUGCCUUCAUCUCAAUGUGCGAAAAAAGAUUCAACUUUCUUGACAUCAGAUGAAACUGAUGAAAGUGAAAAUUCUGGUAAUAUAGAUAGAAAUAAACUGGAUGAAAAAUCAGCUCCUCCGUUUAUCGUUGCAAACGAAAUUUAUAGUGCAGCACAUUCCUCAUCCGUCAAUGCUCCGAUCGUUGUGGCUGACCAACCACUCGUUUCAAGCCUUGGUGAAUUCGACUCAGUUCGACAAACUGUUAUAAAGAUGAAGCUUCAACCGCAAUUGUCCGACGGAGAAACGUCUGAUUCAGAGUGUUCGGAUGAAAGGUAUGCAGCUGUGGGAACUCAAACUUCCUUUGCAUUUGACCCUCCGAGACUAUUACGGAAGAAAAUGGUUGAGAGUUCAACGCAGGUGGAAGAAGAUCGAGCGCUUUCGGUUGUAGGCUACAGCACAUCGUGGCGAGUUGGUGGUGAAAAAGAAAAAGCUGAAGUUCCAUCAAAUCUUAGAGACUUGACUUUGGAUGCGAUGCUGCCUUCAGAAACUCAGGCGCUCGUUUUGCAGUCUACUGUUGGCCUUUCUUCGGAUGGGAACAUCGAGGACGAUGCCAGUGAAAUAGAAUCAGUGCCUUGUGUUAUAACUAGUCAGCUUAGCUUGAAUAUUAUUGGCCUUGAACAGACCAAAGAGUCGCCAGAUUCUAAAACAACAAUAUUAAUGCAAACAGCCAGCCCCAUUCAAUCUACCUCUUAUGAAUUUGCUAAUUUAUCUGAUUCUCAUUCGAAGUCACGAUGUAGUGAAGAAUUCAAAUGCUCGACUAGUCCUAUUGCAAAGCUAACAUCUGUUGACAGCAAUGCUGGAUCGGAACGAAAGGACAACAAUGACUCUCAAGCUACCAGAGAGAUUUUUAUUGAAGCAUAUGACGACAAUUCAGAGAGAGUGAAGACAUUGAACAAUGUUCAAGAUACCGAAGUAGAUGAUACAAAUGAACAGCUUCGGCCUAAAAACCCGAUUCCUCCCGAAUCAGAGAAUCAAGUUUAUGGUGACGUUGACCAAAAUGCCGGACCUUCAGAUUUUCAGUCGAGUCCUGCAUCACAAUACACCUCUGAGCUUGAAUAUGAAGAUAGUGCGACACCGGUACCCUGGUUUCCAUGUGAACAUUCUUCUAGUGGUAACUUUGUCCCUUCGUUCUAUGUUGAGGAAGAAGAACCGAUAUUUUUCACGUGUUCAGUUGUUCACACGCCCUGCUCGUCAGUUCCCCAAACACCCGACCAAGAAGCCGAGAUAAUUCUAGCGAGCAAUUUCGAUCGAACCUCAGAAUGUGUAGGCGAAGACGCGCCAUUGAUGCCAUCCUUCGUUGGCGGGCGCGAGUUUAGCGCCCCAACCCCAGUGCCAAACCAGUCAUCCGGAGGUGUGUCCAGCAAAGGCUCCAGCCCUGAUAUCCAUGAAUAUGAAGUCGUCCAAAAAGCUGCCCCGGGUGUUGGCGACGAGCAGGAGACUCAACAGCGAACGAAGGGAGCGCCUGAGCAGACCAAGGCACUUCAAGCUCAAUCUGAGGGGAUAUGUGGGGGCGCAAGCACUGAGCCAGACGACGGACAGACUGAUGAUGAUGAAGCCAUUUCGCUAGAUCCCACUGAACCGAAGUGCUGCCAGACUCGUGGAGGAGUUGAAGGCGCCAUGCAGAGUGGCAGUGGCGUAGAAGAAGUCUCGGCGUCGUGA